UCUAUCGCCGCGAGAGAGUGCAGAAAAAUAUAGCGCGGUGACCGCUGCAAAGAGCAGAACCGACGAUUCCCCACGGAUGUCAGGCGACGUUGUUUCGCGGCGUCUCCCUCUCGUAUCUCGGGGAUAUGAUGUGAGGCUCGAGGCGGGUGUCAUGCGAUACGGCUCGGGAUUCAUGCGUGGCCCGCGCACCCGCGCGUGAUUCGCCGUGAUUCGCGGCACGUCGACGUGUCCCGCGAGACAUGUGCAUCGCCGCCCCGUGAGGAGGAUCGACCUGCUACACGCCUCGCGACCCGCCCGCGCCCGGGGACCAGGAUGCCGGAACGGAUCGAGAUCGGUGUUAUUCCGAACAACCUGAGACACGAGGAAACCAUAGUUCAAAUAACAGAAGCCCUGGACAAUCUGGGCGAUGCUGUCUCGUAUAUAUUCGAUUGCGUUGACAGGAGGCUCUCGGAGAACACGCAAAGAUUAACCAGCAUUAAGGAGAGGGCUAGGAAGCUGGAGGACAGAUUGCAAUAUUUACAGACCAAUUUAAAUUUGAAAGCGGUAAAAAUGUAUUCCGCCGCUAAAUAUCCGGCCAAUCACGCUUACAAGGAGUAUGAAACGACCAUACCGCCCCAGCGCGAGCAUGCCGCCGCUAUACCGAGCGUUUACAAGUGUUCCGUGCCUAUAGAGGACAUCCCCGAGGCAUAUCUAUCCUCCAAUUGCAAGACGGAGGACGGCCAGUACGCCGCGAGUAUCAGCCUCCAAGAAAAGCUGCAGUUUUAUCACGUACGAUCUAAGGCCGGCAAAAAAGGCAACCUUGAGGAUGACGUGGGACCAUUCCCGCCGCAAUUAUCCUCAGUUAGCGCCCUCCUACUGUUCGACAGCAUGGACAGCCCGUACGAAAAAACGUCCGUGCGAUCGUUCCGUCAAUCGGCCGAUAAGCAACAAAUUGAGGACGCCCCGGAUUCGAUUGUGCAACCGUGGCUCUCGUCGGAGAUGGACGCGUCUUCCAGCUACUUGUAUACCCCGACCCUUGGAGAGGUCCCUCAGAUAAACGUGCCGCUGACGCUCCCCGAUUUACCAGGCAUUGUGGACGACGAGAAAUUUGUGCUCGAUCUCAACUCUCAAAGUCCUAUCGCGCCGUCGUCCGCGGUCACGACGCCCACCGUUCGUUUAGACCUCCCGACGCCAAUCAGCGACGAGAGAGACUCUAGGGCUGAAGACAGUGCGCCACACUUGCCUGUUUUACCUGGAACCACAUCUGCCGCAACAAUUGCACCUGCGCCGCCGCCUCCGCCACCUCCUACGGCCGCUGUGAACGCGGACAGUGCCGCGAGCAGCGAAAAAGUUAAUUUUCAACAAGUUAUGGCUCCUCCACCGCCGCCGCCGCCGCCACCGCCGCCGCCACCACCACCGCCACCGCCACCGCCACAAAUUGCAGAACCGACUGUGCCUGCGUCAAACGAGAAGAAGGCCAAGACGGCGAACCGACCGUCCGCGACAACCGUAGAGGACAAUCGUUCCAACUUGAUGGCGGCGAUCCGAGACGCCGGCGGAAUAGGCAGGGCGAAAUUGAGGCCUACUGCACCGGACGAGAAGAAGUGCGACCGAUGGUCCUCUGCCUCGGUCGGGGGAGAUCUGAUGGCGGAUCUGCAUGCAAAACUGGCGCUGAGACGCAAAGGCAUCGCCGGUUCCACGGUGGGCGCUCUAGAGAGAAUGUCGAGCUUGAUACCGCCACCCCCGAAGCCGAACGAAGCGUCCGCGUCGGACAGAAAUUCCGCCGCCAGCGAGUACGACUCGCAACCCGACACGGACGAUUGGGAAGAGUGAUUGUUGCUGUUGCAAUAAUUGAACAGCGUGCCAUCGAACAAUUGUCGUAAUAAACGAGGAAUCAUGAUGAAAUGGCUUAAAACUCAAUCAGCAUUCGCGCAUGAAGACUCAGGGGAAUUUUUUAUUGAAUAAAUCCAGCAAAGUAGGAGGACAGAAUCACAAUACGCAGAUCUAGUUACAUUAUUUUUUUAUUCGACGGAUCUGAAAAAUUGUUCGAUUGUAAAUUUCAUCUUUGUCCUGUAGUCACUAGUCAUAUCUCUUUUUCCCCCCCGGAGAAUAAUUUGUACAAAAAUUUAUACUAAAUAUAUAAUUUCGAUAGUGCUAUAAUAAAUUGGAGCGAAAUAGAAUUACGUACAAAUUACAAGCUCUUACAUAGGGAUGACAGAAGAAUCGCUACGAAAGGCUAAGUAACAGAAUAGAAAAUUUUAUUUUGUACGUCAAUACACAUUCUCAGAAAAUUAUUUCAUUACAUUUAUGUAUAUUCGUUCCGUCGUAUAUAUGUAUCUUCCUCAGAAAAAGUCUGUACAUAAAGUAUAUUAUAAAACUAAUUAGUCCAAUAUAAUGUCCCGAUUGUACCUUUCCUAAUGUAUAAUACACAGUGUACAAUAUACGAAUGUAACUAAUGUACAUAUACUGUUACGUUAAUAAAGUUUUAUAUUCAAGUCCUA